ACCCCACAAAAUCUCUCAGCCGUCUGGUGGGUGUUGUUGCAAUGGUGGUGUCGGAGGGACAUUGAAUGACUUUGGCUCCAUCACGGAAGAAAUACGGGUUUAUUAGGUUAAUUCAGCAUUCACGAGCAUGGAGGCUCUUAUACCCGUCAUUAACAAGCUCCAGGAUGUGUUCAACACAGUAGGGGCGGAUAUUAUCCAGCUGCCGCAGAUUGCAGUAGUGGGGACUCAGAGUAGUGGAAAGAGCUCUGUGUUGGAGAGCCUGGUGGGCAGGGACUUGCUGCCCCGUGGGACUGGCAUUGUAACCAGGAGACCUCUAAUCCUCCAGCUAGUCCACGUGGAUCCCGGAGACACAAGGAAACAUGAUGAAGGUGGCAGAGACACUGAAGAGUGGGGCAAAUUUCUACACACUAAAAAUAAGAUCUACACAGAUUUUGAUGAAAUCAGGCAAGAAAUUGAGAAUGAAACCGAGCGAAUAUCUGGGAAUAAUAAGGGAAUCAGCGAUGAACCCAUUCAUCUGAAGAUUUUCUCUCCUCAUGUCGUUAACCUCACACUGGUUGAUCUGCCAGGAAUCACUAAGGUGCCUGUGGGUGAUCAGCCUAAGGACAUCGAGAUUCAGAUAAGAGAUUUAAUCCUGAAGCACAUCUCUAACCCCAACUGCAUUAUCCUGGCUGUCACGGCGGCUAACACAGACAUGGCUACCUCGGAGGCCCUCAAGGUGGCCCGGGAAGUCGACCCAGAUGGCAGGAGGACAUUGGCUGUGGUGACCAAGCUGGACCUGAUGGACGCUGGUACCGACGCUAUGGAUGUACUGAUGGGCAGAGUGAUCCCUGUCAAACUCGGCAUAAUCGGAGUAGUGAACAGGAGCCAGCUGGACAUCAACAAUAAAAAGUCUGUGGCUGAUGCAAUUCGUGAUGAACACGCUUUCCUGCAGAAGAAAUAUCCAUCACUUGCCAACAGAAAUGGAACCAAGUACCUGGCCAGAACCCUAAACAGGCUACUGAUGCAUCACAUUCGAGACUGUCUCCCUGAGCUGAAGACACGGAUCAACGUCCUGGCAGCACAGUACCAGUCCCUGCUCAGCAGCUACGGGGAACCUGUGGAGGACCAAAGUGCCACCUUGCUCCAGCUCAUCACCAAGUUUGCCACAGAGUACUGCAACACCAUCGAGGGCACGGCCAAAUACAUCGAGACGGCAGAGCUGUGCGGUGGAGCCAGAAUUUGUUACAUAUUCCACGAGACCUUCGGUAGGACGCUGGAGUCUGUGGAUCCUCUGGGGGGACUGAGCACCAUAGAUAUCCUAACGGCCAUAAGGAACGCCACAGGCCCUCGACCUUCCCUGUUCGUGCCAGAGGUUUCCUUCGAGCUGCUGGUAAAGAAGCAGGUGAAACGCCUGGAGGAACCCAGUCUGCGCUGCGUGGAGCUGGUCCACGAGGAGAUGCAGAGGAUCAUCCAGCACUGCAGCAACUACAGCACACAGGAGCUGCAGAGAUUCCCUAAGCUGCACGAGGCCAUCGUAGAAGUGGUCACCUCCCUCCUGAGGAAGAGACUGCCCAUCACCAACGAGAUGGUUCACAACUUGGUUGCAAUCGAGCUGGCCUAUAUCAACACCAAACACCCGGACUUUGCAGACGCAUGUGGGGUCAUGAAUAACAACAUAGAGGAGCAAAGGAGAAACAGGAUGAGGGAGAUGCCCGCUGCAGUUCCCAGGGAUAAGUCUGUUGGCAAAGGCCUGGCCGGCCCAACUGCGGUGUCUGGCGAGCCCCCUGCGUCUGGAGCAGAGAUGGACGGUGCCAAGGCCCCACCUGCAGGGAUUCAGGGGGAGCAGGACAGCACAGGAAGCUGGAGGGGCAUGCUGAAGAAAGGGGAGGAAGCCCCAGGCUCAGGACCCGGAAGCCCACUUAAAGGAGCGGUCAACCUACUAGAUGUGCCUGUGCCUGUUGCCAGGAAGCUGUCGUCACGGGAGCAGCGGGACUGUGAGGUCAUCGAGCGCCUCAUCAAGUCUUACUUCCUCAUCGUCCGCAAGAACAUCCAGGACAGCGUGCCAAAGGCAGUGAUGCACUUCCUGGUCAACCAUGUGAAGGACAGCCUCCAGAGCGAGCUCGUUGGCCAGCUGUAUAAAUCUGGCCUCCUCAACGACCUGCUGACCGAGUCUGAAGACAUGGCCCAGCGGCGUAAGGAAGCCGCUGACAUGCUACAGGCGUUACAGAGGGCCAGUCAGGUGAUAGCAGAGAUCAGGGAAACACAUCUGUGGUGAAGGAGAGGGGGG